GUCUGGUGUUGAUGUUUCACAGGUUCCACAGACUCAUCACUGCGCCGUUUUUCCACUGUCUGAGACCCUACCUGUCCCUGCGCACCUCCCGAAAGCUCUCCUCCAAAAUGUCCUUCCAGUACCCCCAGGCUUUCCGCGACGAGGCAGUGGUUGACAACUAUCAUGGACAAAAAGUACCAGAUCCCUACAGUUGGCUGGAGGAUCCUGACAGUGAGAAAACACAGGCCUUUGUCACAGCACAGAACCAGCUGACGUUGCCCUUCUUGGAGCAGUGUGAGGUCCGAGAGCUGUUCAAAGAGCGAAUGACAGAGCUGUACGAUUACCCCAAGUACAGCUGCCCGUUCAAGAGAGGGAGCAGGUACUUCCACUUCUACAACACUGGGCUGCAGAACCAGAGUGUCAUGUACGUCCAGGAGAGUCUAGAGGCGGAGCCCACAGUGUUCCUAGACCCAAACACCUUCUCUGACGAUGGAACAGUGGCACUACGAGGCUACGCGUUCUCGGAGGACGGGGAGUACCUGGCCUACGGCACCAGUGCCAGCGGCUCUGACUGGGUGGAGAUCCGCUUCCUCCGGGUGGAAGGGGCCGUGCCUCUGGAGGACCGGCUGCUCAGGGUCAAGUUCAGCUGCAUGUCCUGGACCCACGACGGGAAGGGUCUCUUCUACAACUCCUACCCCGAGCAGGAGGGCAAAAGUGACGGCACAGAGACGUCGACAAACCUGCAUCAGAAGCUGUACUAUCACGUGCUGGGGAGCGCUCAGGCCGAGGAUGUGCUGUGUGCAGAGUUCCCCGAGCAGCCUAAGUGGAUGAGCGGAGCCGAGGUUUCAGACGAUGGGCGUUACGUGCUGCUGUCCAUCAGAGAGGGCUGUGAUCCAGUCAACAGACUGUGGUACUGUGAUCUCCAGACGCAGCCUCAGGGAAUCACAGGCCUUUUGCCGUGGGUGAAGCUGAUCGAUAACUUUGACGCAGAGUACGAGUAUGUGACAAAUGAAGGCACAGUGUUUACAUUUAAGACCAACCUGGAGGCUCCGCGAUAUCGCCUCAUCAACAUCGACUUCUCCUGUCCAGAGCCAAGCAGCUGGAAGGAGCUCAUCCCACAACACGACAAGGACGUUAUAGUGUUUGCGACAUGCACAUACUCCAGCCUCCUGUUCGUGUGCUUCCUCCAUGAUGUGAAGAACGUGCUGAAGAUGUACCAGCUGAGCUCCGGGGAGGAGCUCCGGACUUUCCCACUGGAUGUGGGCUCCAUCGUGGGCUUCACUGGACGCAAGAGGGACACAGAGAUCUUCUACUACUUCACCUCGUUCCUCUCUCCGGCCAUUAUUUACCACUGUGACCUGACCAAGGAGCCUCUGCAGCCUCAUGUGUUCAGAGAAGUCACUGUCAAAGGCUUCAACCCAGCAGACUACCAGACCACACAGGUGUUCUACCCAUCCAAAGACGGCACUCAGAUCCCCAUGUUCAUCGUGCAUAAGAAGGGCAUCGCUCUGGACGGCUCUCACCCGGGCUUUCUCUACGGCUACGGGGGCUUCAACAUCUCCAUCACCCCCAGCUACAGCGUGUCCCGCCUCAUCUUUGUCAGACACCUGGGGGGAGUGCUCGCUGUGGCCAACAUCAGGGGAGGCGGCGAGUAUGGGGAGACCUGGCACAAAGCGGGCAUGUUGGCCAACAAACAGAACUGCUUCACAGACUUCCAGUGUGCGGCCGAGUACCUGAUUAAAGAGGGCUACACCUCCGCCUCCAAACUCACCAUCAACGGAGGGUCUAACGGAGGCCUGCUCGUGGCGGCCUGUGUGAACCAGCGCCCGGAGCUGUUUGGCUGUGCUGUGGCUCAGGUGGGGGUCAUGGACAUGUUAAAGUUCCAUAAGUUCACCAUCGGACACGCCUGGACCACGGACUACGGCUGCUCCGAGGACAAGGAGCAGUUUGAGUGUCUCAUUAAGUACUCUCCUCUACAUAACAUCUGCGUGCCUGAGGGGAGCGGCGUGCAGUACCCGGCCGUGCUGCUCCUCACCGGGGACCACGACGACCGCGUGGUGCCCCUCCACUCGCUCAAGUACAUGGCCACGCUGCAGCACGUGGUGGGCCGCAGCCCCCAGCAAACCAAGCCCCUCUUCAUCCUGGUGGACACCAAGUCAGGCCACGGAGCAGGCAAGCCCACCAGCAAGGUCAUCCAGGAGGUGGCCGACACGUACGCCUUCAUCGCCCGCUGCCUCCACCUCUCCUGGGUCAAAUAACAUGCACGGCUGGACACAUGCACACACAAUGGCCAGUUUAUUAUGUACAACAGUAUUUAGCUUAUCAGUAAGUGACAUCAUGCUGGGGGUGUUCUGCAUGUGUCUCUAUGGUGCAAUGUUCAGCAGUUCCCAUGGUUGCACAA